UUGAGUGGCUACAGGACCACAAUAUAAAGAGAUAGCAGAGGAUCAGUGCAACAGUGGUUUAGGUCUGGUUUGGCCUCAACCAAUCUGUCUGGGAAAUACUUUGAUUAUAGUUUGCCAUGGCUGUUGGGUGCAUUCUCAGAGUAUCGUGGUUUUGUUUGUUGCUGUUUGGUGGCAGUCUUCCUUUUCCAUCAAUGAAGGGUUACAGCUAUACCUCCAAGACUGACCAUCCUGAAAUUGGGGGUGAUAAAGAUGACCAGCUAAAAACUUCUCAAACUCUAAGGUUUGAUGCAUAUAGCCAAGAAAAAGGAUAUUCCGACCGAAGCAAAAAAGUCCCACUAGCUGCAGCUCCAAAGCAGGCACCGUUGAACCCCGAGGAAGGGCCGGGGAUCCAGGGAGGCGGAGCUGUGGAGUUUGGACAGAAAAAUGCUGAGAUUGAAGACCAGAAACUUGUCAAGCCAGUGACAUUCCCUCUAAACCCUCCCAACCAGCAUGAUUACUCUUUUGAGGAGCAGUGGGGCAGCACGAAGCCUCAGUUCCCACCCUCUGUCACUAAAGGGGGUGACUCUAGCUCUGCGCUGUACCUCGAUGUCCAGGCUGGUUCACAAAGCUAUUCCCCUAACCUUGUCUAUGAGGACUUUUCUCAAUACCCUGCUGCUGAAACUGCACCGAUUCCUUCAACAGAUGAUGACCCCUACACCUAUGACUCUGUGAAAGCGGAACAGCCAAGCAGUUGGUCCUCUGAUCGUUACAUUACCAGAGAAGAGCCGGCGUUCUCCAGUAAUGCAGGUAACUGGGCCCAGGCCGCGCAGACCAUUAGCGCACAGAUCCUGGAGGCUGAAGCAGUACCUAGUACGGACACUAAAGGGGGUGACUCUAGCUCUUCACUGCACCUUGACCUCCCAGCUGAUGUACAAGAGGGUUCACAAAGCUAUUCCCCUAACCUAGUCUAUGAGGAUGUUUUUCAAUACCCAGCUGUUGAAACUGCACAGCUUCCUUCAACAGAUGAUGACCCCUACACCUAUGACUCUGUGGAAGCGGAACAGUCAAGCAGUUGGUCCUCUGAUCGUUACAUUACCAGAGAAGAGCCGGCGUUCUCCAGUAAUGCAGGUAACUGGGCCCAGGCCGCGCAGACCAUUAGCGCACAGAUCCUGGAGGCUGAAGCAGUACCUAGUACGGACACUAAAGGGGGUGACUCUAGCUCUUCACUGCACCUUGACCUCCCAGCUGAUGUACAAGAGGGUUCACAAAGCUAUUCCCCUAACCUAGUCUAUGAGGAUGUUUUUCAAUACCCUGCUGCUGAAACUGCACAGCUUCCUUCAGAAGAGAGUGACCUCUCCGACUACAACUCUGUGAAUGUGGUCCAGCCAAGCACUUGGUCUUCUGCUCCCUACAUGACUAGAGAAGAGGAGCCGGUUUACGUCAGUAAUUCAGGUGACUGGGCCCAGGCAGUGCCGACCAUUAGCGAACAGACUCUGGAGGCUGAAGCAGUACCUAGUACUGACACUAAAGGGGGUGACUCUAGCUCUUCACUGAACCUCAACUUCCAAGCUGGUGCACAAGAAGGUUCACAAAGCUAUUCCCCUAACCUUGUCGAUGAGGCUGUUUAUCAAUACCCAGCUGCUGAAGCUGAACAGCUUCAUUCAGAGGGGGUUGACGCCUCCAAGUAUGACUCCAUGAACGCAGUCCAGCCAAGCACUUGGUCCUCGGCUGCCUACAUGACCAGAGAAGAGGAGCCGGUAUUCUCCAGUCAUACAGGUCACUGGGCCCAUGCUGCUCCUGUUGAAACCCCUGCCUACCCAAGCUAUGUGGCUGAUUUAGGCUUUGACUCUACUUCAAGUAAAGCCGCUGCACAACCAGUCCUCUUCGAGCCACCGAAGAAGGCUCCUCAGCUUCCCAGCUCCAAGUGGCUUCAGAGGCCAAAGAAGGUGAGGGACCAGACUGCAUCUACCUACGUUGUCCAAUCCAAGGGCUCACACCGCCGAAGCCGCCAGAUGUUAUCCAAGAAGAAGUACUUCAGCGGUUUCCCUCCACCGCCCCCAUCCGUGCUUAUGGCUCUGAGACCGUAAGGGGUCAAUGGUGACCACUUGGCCUUCAAUUAAUUGUGUAUUUUUCCCACAUGCUUAUGGAUUUCUACACUGACUAUACCUUCAGUAAUGUUUAGCACUUUCAGCAUAAAAGCUUGUUCCCUUUAAAAAAUAAACAAAAUGUAAC